GAUUUUUCAGUCAAAUGCGCCACCCCACUCCUGCAUGCUAUAAAAUUUAGCUUCCCUAAUAUUCAAUCUUUUUCCCUUGAAGAAUUAAAUCUCUGCUUCAUCUAUACCAGAGAUAAUGGGUAGUGGUAGUAAGCCUUCUGCAACACGCCAAGGAUUUGAUGAACGUGAUGCUAAUGCAAAAGAAGAAGUUCAUGCUGAUGAGGCUGUUUUUCAUGAUCAUUUACCUAUUGUGUCAUCUUCAAACGAUCGUAUCAGACCUCUCCUUGAUGCAGUUGACAGGUUGAGGCAACUCAAUGUCAUGAAAGAAGGCAUACAGCUCCCAACCAUUGUUGUUGUUGGCGAUCAAUCUUCAGGAAAAUCCAGUGUUCUUGAAUCUCUGGCUUGUAUCAAUCUUCCCCGUGGCGAUGGCAUUUGCACUAGAGUGCCUCUCAUUGUGAGGCUUAAACAUCACCCAUCUCUUGUACCAGAGAUUUUCUUGCAGUUCAAUGACCAAACAGUGCCGACUGAUGAGGCCCACGUUGCUGAUGCUAUCAAACAUGCCACUGAUGAGAUUGCAGGCAACGGUAAGGGCAUAUCUAACACUGAAUUAACUCUUGUAGUGAAAAAGAAUGGCGUUCCUGAUCUUACACUUGUUGAUCUCCCUGGAAUCACAAGAGUUCCUGUUCAUGGUCAACCUGAAAAUAUCUAUGAGCAGAUUGCAAAUAUUAUAAUAAAGUAUAUUAGUCCUGAUGAGAGUGUUAUCCUUAAUGUUUUGUCUGCGAACGUUGAUUUUUCCACAUGUGAAUCUAUAAUGAUGUCACAGAAAGUCGACAAGAACGGCGAGAGGACUAUUGCUGUGGUUACAAAGGUUGAUAAAACACCUGAAGGGUUACUUGAGAAGGUCACUAGAAAUGAUGUGAAUAUAGGCCUUGGUUAUGUGUGUGUUAGAAACCGUAUUGGUAAUGAGUCUUAUGAGGAUGCAAGGAAGGAAGAAGCUGCACUGUUUGCGACACAUCAACUUUUGUCCAAGAUUGAAAAAUCUACAGUGGGUAUUCAAGUUUUGGCUAAAAAACUGGUGCGAAUUCAGGCUAAUAUAAUUGCCAAGUGUUUGCCUGAUAUCGUCAGAAAGAUUAAUGAGAAGUUGAAAGCGAGUAUUUCAGAGCUGAAUAGGAUACCUAGGAGGUUGUUGUCAAUUGCUGAGGUCAUGGCAGCUUUCAUGGGCAUUAUUGGAUCUUCCAAGGAGUCUUUGAGGAAAAUCCUUGUAAGAGGGGAAACUGAUGAAUACCUAGAUGAAAAAAAUAUGCACUGCGCUGCUAGAUUGGUUGAAAUGCUCAAUCAAUUCUCAACUGAACUUCAUAAAUAUUUCUCUGACCAUACAAAUAACUUUAUGAUGAAUGAGAUUGAGGUUCUGGAGGAAACAAAAGGGAUCGAGUUGCCCAAUUUCCUUCCUCAAACUGCCUUCCGAACCAUCAUGCAGCGACAGGUUGAAGGAAUGUCAAAACUACCAAUAGAGUUUGUCGAAAAAGUGUGGACGUACAUUGAAGAGGUGGUCAUUUCGGUUUUGAAUCAUCACUCAGAGAGCUAUCACCAAAUUCAGUUAUCUACCCGACGAGCAGGCCAUAACCUUGUAGCUAAAAUGAAAGAGCAGUCCAUUAAUUGGGUAACAGAGAUUGUCCAGAUGGAGAAGGAAACGGAUUACACAUGUAAUCCAGAAUAUAUGAAGGAAUGGAACAAGCUCAUGGCACAGCAGCAUACAGUCAUCGACAACGUUACGAAAUUUGCAUCUUCCAAGGUGGUGAUUGAUGGCUCGAGAGAGGUUGUAGUGGGAGAUCUUAGGCGUUAUAAACAUGUUCUUCCUCAAGCUUUUGACUUGAAGAUGAGGCUGAUUGCUUACUGGAAGAUUGUCUUGAUAAGGUUGGUUGACAAUAUGGCUCUGCAUCUCCAGCUCAGCAUCCGAAACUUGGUGAACAAGGAGAUGGAGAAGGAGAUUGUUAAUGAGUUGUUGGGUACUGGUGGCGGUGUUGCAAUAGAAAAACUGUUCGUGGAAUCCCCAUCUGUGGCUAGCAAGCGUGAGAAGCUGAACACAAGUAUCAAGUUGCUGAGGGAGUCUCAAGAGGUGAUGGCAAAUAUCAUGGACGAAAUUGCUUCUGCGGGUGAUUAAGGCUUAGCAGAAAAUGUUACUUCUAAUGCUUUUCUUGUUUCUUUUACGUAGUAAGUCUGUUCUAUUAAGGUGUUUGUUAUCUAGUAUGUGCUUUAGGUUUGCUAACUAGCUAUAAGCUACCAUGAAUGUAUAAUUAGAGAGCUCGACGGUGAACUCUGCCAGGUGAUAUGGGCAAGUACGUGGAUCUCUGCAAAAUGGGACCUCUUUUGUGCUGAAUGUUUUGCUAUCCUGUCUGAAUGUAUAUAACCUUCAAGUGUUUCAAUCCAGAGUCCAGGCCCUUCAAUGUUUUGUUAUCCAUAUUUGCAACUUAUUUUGUAUAACAGUUCAAU